AAAGCAGAGAAGGAGAAAAAAGUAAAAACGCAUUCAUCUUAUUGCCUGAUACACCUUAAAGCGGGUUCACAUUUGAAUGAGAAAUAGUCGAUCUAGACUGAUCAAAGGGGCCCCAUCUUUGGAGGAGUGAAGUUUGCCAUCACAACCUAUACCAUCAUCAUCAUCAUCAUCCUCGACACUACCUAGUUUCAUCCAUCCAUACGUCUCACUUAUCUCUUGGAGCGGAUACUCAAAGAUUGAAAGGCAUUCUUUGGUAAAGGCAAACCCACCGCCCUCAUUCCUACUUCUCGAUUACCCACACUUUUGCCAUUCGCUUCCGAUAAUAACAACCGAAUCGAGUCUCUCACUCCUCCCACCUCCCAUAUAAACCUUGCAAUCAAGAUGCGGACGUCAUUCUCUUCGCUUUUGGUCGCUUUGGCCACAAUCGCUGUUUCAGUCCAAGGUCAAAAUUCAUCUUCCAGUGCAUCAAGCGCUGCAUCUUCUAGCACUGGAUCAGCAUCGGCAAGUGGAAAUUCAACUUCUUCCCUAACGGCUUCUUCCAACUUUACACUACCCAACCCAACAGCAUCCGCAACAUUCCCUCCAGGCUUUGUUAUGCAAAGCAGCGUUCCAUUCGUUUAUACCGAUGUCGAUACCGCAAACCUUCCAAAGAUCAACUACAGUUUGUUGAAUGAAACCGUUGCACAAAGACAAAUCAUUUGUAGCCAACAGACAAAAUUCUGUUCGACAGCCGGAUGCGCAGAUGCAGAUGCAAAGAUUAAGGAAAACUUCUGUGAUGUUGAUACGAUGGCGAUCAUGUGCACAUGUACAAAAGGAUCAACAAAUCUAAAACAAUGGAAUUGGCCAGCACAAUUCCAGGAUUGUUUACGUCGUGGUAACACUUGCACAAACGCUUGUCAACUUCCAGGAGGUACUACACAAGCACGUAAUGAUUGCAAAGACGCAUGCACAAAGAGUUUUGGAGGUACUUGCGGUUUCGCUAAUCAAUAUUCCGCCAACUAUGCUGUCUCUAAACCAGGACAGAAACCUAAUCUCCAAAUGGUACAAGGUGGAACGGCAGGAAAUGGUGCUAUGUCGAUGAACGUUGCUUCAGGAGCCGUUCUAUCGGUUGCCGCUAUUGCAGCAUUGGUUUUGUCGGUGUAACGAAGAUGAGAUUUUGACAGAUACCCAACGAUGUUCAAUCUCUCUUUUUCAAUUGAUCCAAAAAUGGCUACACUAUCACCUCCUCUUUUGACUUCUUACUUAGCGAACAUGCUCUUUUCUUUUGCUUGUAUUGUGUUGCUCAGCCACUUCGCUUUUUAUCAUCAUCAUCUUUUUUGUUGCGCCUUUGCUCUUUCUUGUCUCGCUUAAUUAUGGGAUCAUUACACCUUUUCUCUCUGUCAUUAUCAUUUGCUUCAAUACAUCUUUUGAAAGUCA